AUGGAUGUGACAGGCAUCUCAGACCAGUCCAAAGCAAACCCCAGGGAAGGGUCCAGGGAUGAGAGGCUGGGCAGCUCCCUUGGGACUCUAUCCACAGGGCUGGUGAAAAAGAAGGUGAGGUUAACUGACACAGAAAAUGCACACAAAGCAUUGGGAGAAGCCUCAGUCAUGUUUCUUUAUGCAUCAGUAUGAAUAGGAGUGUGUCUGUUCUACUUCCUUUCCUGCAGAGUGUAUUUAGCCCAUGUGUAGGGCACAUAUUUCAGCCCGAGAGCUGGUUACCAUUCUGGGCAACUUUUCAGGAGCCCCAUGCCAGUGGCGGGCAAGGCAAAAGUGGGCAGCGCAGUAAAUACGAGUUUUAUUUGCACAGUUUUAUAGGCUCCUCAUGAGGCCAGAGGAACAUCGCCCAGCUGUGGGGCCUGAAGGCCGCUCCCUGCAAGGCCCUUUCCAUGUGGCCUAGGGGGCAGGGCCCUGACUCACCAGCCCUACUAUGUUAAAUAUGUAUUCUGUAGUUGACCUCCUUUGUAAUGUUUUAUUUUGAAAUCUUUAAGAUAAUAUUUUAGUUUUCUAUUACGUUGCUUUGACUGUAUACUCUAUAUUUGACUUUCUUCAGAUUGUUUUAUUUAUGUUUUAUUAACUUAAUAUGCUGUAAACCGCUUUGAGGUUUUUCUUAAAAAUAUAAAGUGGUAUAGAAAUUUUAAAAAUAAAAAUAAAAUAAAUAAAUUUACAUUUCUACAGUAGGCUGGUUUCCAUACACACUUGAACCACCCCUCUAUGUCCUCUAUCCAAACAGGCAAGAAGCACCACCAGCGAACAAUGAUUCAUUGCAGCCAACCAAAACCAACACUCAAGGAUGGUGGAAAGCAGGGCUUGGAGGUGGGGGGGUGGCCUGGAAAGAGAGCAAGGGCCAGGUGGAGAGGCCCAGAGUUUCCCUAUCCCUGGUGUAGUGAAUCAUGAAGUCAGAAGGCCCUUCACUCUGCCAUUUCUUGAAACCCCAUUUGCUUUCCAACACAGAACCAAGUUGCAGCUUCUUUGUUCCCUUCUCUUCAGCUUGGAAUCAGAUCUGGGUGUGAGCAUUCACUGUAUGUAGGCUGAGAAUUCGGAGAAAGAACCACCUGAUUUACUCAUUCUUCCUCAUUGCAGGGGUGGAUUUAGGCCUGUGCAAGAGAUGUGCAGGAACUGGGCGCUGAGCUGAGGGGGUGCCUUCUCAAAGCCUGGUAAAUGAGGUGCUGGGCUCCCAGAAGAAGGUGUGAGGCUCUGACAGGCUCUGAGAGUCCUCCUGCCUCCUUCCCAGAGCCUAGUUAGUGCUUUCCCAGCUUUGGGAAGGAGCUGGGGGAGAUCCAGGACCCUGCCAGAACCCUCACGCCUCUUUCCCAAAACCAGGUGCCUCCUUACCAGCCUUUGGGAAGGGCAGCGGAAGGACUUGGGGGGGGGGGACCAGCCUUCAGCAACCUGGUGCCUUCCAGAUACUUGGGGCUUCAACUCUCAUCAACCAGUGGUCAGAGUUGAUGGAGGUUGUAAUCCAAAAGAUCUGGAGAGCACCAAGCUGGGAAAGGCUGCUUCUAGAGUCUCAAGACCCAUCUUACCUGAGUGGCAGGUAAGAUUUAAAUGAACCAUUCUUGGCUCCUAAUUUUAAAUAAUAGCUCCCUGAUACCUUUUGACAUGCAUAAGUGCAGGGGAAACAAGACAUGUGGAUAUGAAAAUAAGAGGCCUUAAUGGGAAGUGUCUACAAGAUAUCAAUACAAUGGCCAGUACUUAAAGAUGAAAAGAAACUGAUUGCUCUCCUGGAAAAAAAUGCAUAACUAGUCUAGCCAGCCUUGGGAAUGUGGUGUUUUCAUUCCUCCAGCAAUUUCCCUGCAGAAAGCUAAUGUAAAUUUACUUAUACAGUCCCAUCAGCUCAUAGUCAUAGGCAAAAUAGAUAUGUGUCGUGCAAUGACCUUACAAUCUAACAGGGCAACCCAGGACAUUUAUUAUUUUGAUGAAAAACUCGUUGGGUUUUUCCUUGAAAAGCGAUAUUUUAAAGUGAUAAAAAUCUUUCCCCUGAUUUUAGGAAAAUUAGAAAACAUGGCAGCUCUGUGGACAUUGGGUUGAAAUUACUUUUAAAACGGCUUGUGGGCUACAGUUGGGAAGGACAAUUAAGGGGGUAAGUCAAAGACUACUCAGAAAAGGUGGAGUUGGGGAAAAGGUUUGUGGUUUGAAGAAUCUGUCAGGUCCAAUUUCUCCCACUUCCUCCUUUUUCCAAUCUUCAAUUCUGUUUUCCACAUAUCCAUAACAUUUUGCUUCCUCACCCCAAAACAACAAAACAGUCGUACCUUGGCUCCCAAACGCCUUGGGAGUCGAACGUUCUGGCUCCUGAACGAUCAAAAAGCAGAAGUGAGUGUUCUGGUUUUUGAACAUUUUUUGGAAGCCAAAUGUCUGGCACAGCUUCCGUGCCUGCGCAAUCGGAACCAAUCAGAAGCUGCGCCUUGGUUUCUGAACUUUACAGAAGUUGAAUGGACUUCUGGAAUAGAUUCAGUUCGACUUCCGAGGUAUAUCUGUACUCAUAAAAAUUCAUCAGAAUUUUUGUAUAAAUUUCAUCUCAUAAACUCAUCUUUAGAUGCAGUUUUGACAAAUAUACAGAUUUUUUGCAAGCAAUUUCCCCAAAGGUGAUAUGUAUCACCUUGGUUGGACAUUGGUUGGUUGGAAUGGCACAGAAAAACCCACAGGUGUGCAAAUGUAAAAGACUAUAAUACACCGUGACCAAAUGAUGGACCACUAGCCAGCCAACACCUAGGGAAACAGGUGAGUUUUAAGGAGGUGCCAGAAACUGGACCACAGUCCUGGCCUGCCUUAUUUUCUCAAUUAUCCAGAGGGAUGCAAAGCUGGGAGGAUUUGGGGAAACUCUUAAGGGGAGCCUAGAUCCAGCUGCCUGAGCCUUCUGCUUGGGGGUAAAUGCAGGGCUGGGCCAGACGCUUGGCAGCUUACUGAAGUUGUCCAGUGGUGCCAUGGGCCUGGCAGAGAGAGCGUUCUCCAGUGGACUGGGGCCCUUGAUUUCCUGAUGCUCACCAUUUGUGUUUCCUCUCCCCUGCCCCCUUCCUGCCUUCCCCCCAGUUUGGUGUGGCUGCAUCUGAGGAGCUCCGGCAGGCCGUCCUGAAGGGCAGCUUGCAGCAGGCCAGGGGCAGGGAGAUCCUUCAGGAGAAGCAGCAGAGGGAUGCUCAGUUCAGGCGUGUCAUCCAGGUAAGCUGUGUGAGAAGAGGAGGCUGAGCUCAUGGAAGGGGCCUUCUCAGCUGCUGGCUGGGCACUGUCCCUGGGGGGCUCUUUUCCCAUGCGAGAGGAGGGGCAGGAGGCCUGUCCUCUUCUCCCGGCUGCCCACUCCCUGGGCAAAUGCAACAGUGCAGAAGAACCAGCCAGGUGGUGUAGGUUAGGGGGUAAACUCUAGUUCCUUGCCACCCCAAUCUCCACGUGGUGCGAGACUGCAGGGGUUCCCGGGGCUUCCUCUGGGUUUGGUGUCCUUGGAAUGAGGGGCAACCUCCUGUCUCACAGCAGCUGCCCAGCUGCCCCAAAGGAGAAGCUCCAUAGCAAGCAGGAGCUGAGCAGCAAGGCUCACCCCACUGGUUUUGCUGCUUGUGACCCUGGAGGUGGCUGACUCUCUCUGGCACCCAAAUACAUGUUGUCUGUCUGCUUCCUUUGCCAUUCCCAGGAAAUUGAGAGCAGCCCGGAAUGCCACCAGUGCCGGCUGGCCAGUUUCCUGGAUUGUGAGCUGCAGCGCCUGGCCAGUUACCCUCUGCUGCUGAAUCAGAUCAUCCAGCACACCAACGGUAUGUCUCUCUUUCUCCAUAUCUUGGUGUGUUGGGUGCGGUGGGGAGGGUGUCCCAGGAAAGCUGCAUCUCUCCAUGACUCCAUGUUGAUGUGCUUCCUAAUUUUGGGAGGUUGUGAGGUGCAUUGAGCCUGCCUUACUAGGGAAAGCCAGCACCCAGAGGGUGAUGGGGCGGGGAGUGGGGAGAGACGAUGCCCGUCUGUUGCAUUAGUGUCCCAUGAGGCUGUGUCUGUAGGGCAUAGGUGUUGUUCAGCAGCCCACUUUCCUAUCAGCAAACAAGGAUCCGUUUGCCUUAUGCAUCUGGGCUGCUGCUGCUCAUCUGCCUUCUAGACCUGCUUGCUUUUAAAUGCAGCCUUGUUCCCAGUUUGCGCUGGGAGUUGCUGUAAAUAAAACCAACUUUGCAGGCAGCCUCUUUCUCUCUCUCUUACCUCCUCUCUCUGCACUUUCAGAGUCCACCUAUGAGCACCAGUGCCUUUGCCUGGCCCGGGAUGAGGUCAAGGGGAUCCUGGCGGACAUCCAGGAGGAGCUGCGGCUGGCAGAGAACAACCGCCAGCUGCAAGGGUACCAGCAGUGCCUGGACGCCCGAUCCCUGCGCAAGAGCCACCACCCACUGGCCAGGGUCUCCUCUUCGCCCUCCCCUCCAAUCCCUGGCCUUGUCCUGCUCUUCCCCUCCGUGAAGUGCUGCCUUUUUCUGCCCCUCUGCGCAGAACCUUGACCUCAGGGAACACAGCCUAAUUCAGGAGGGGCCUCUGCAGCUUCGCCUGAACAAGAGGAAGACUGUGGGUAAGUAGAAGAAACAACCUCUCCUGCCCAGAGACACCCGCGUGGCCCAGGCCUCUCCGAGUGGAGGGUGAUGUGCUCUGGCUCUGCAGUUGGCUUUGCCACUUAGACUCCCCUUUUCUAUUAAGGCACCUAGAUGUUCUCCUCAGGAUCAGUGUGAGCAACAACCCCUCUGUGUGUGUGUGUGUGUGUGUGUGUGUGUGUGUGUUUGUGUCUCUUAGGCCUGCACGUUCUCCUUAUGGAACACGUCACAAUCUUUCUGAAGCCGAAGGCGCAGCGGCUGCAGUUAAAAUGCUUCAGGAGGAAGGCAGGGGGCUCUGUUUUAAGCCCCGUGGUUCCCCUGGAGACCACCCUCGUUCGCCCUGCAGCCACAAGUAAGAAGGGGGGCCAUAACACCACCGCUCUUCAUGACACCGUGAGGACCCUUCUUCCAUCUGGUCUCUUUUCUCUGCUCAGAUUCAACAUCGUUUUUUCUGGUCUACCUUUCGGAGGAGGGACCAGAAAUCUACGAGCUGGUGGCGCCCAGCCCUUCCGAGAGGAUCAGGUAAGAUGUUUGCCUCUUAUUCUUCCCUCUGCUGGGGUGGGGGGUGGGGGACACACACACACCUUAAGUGUAAAGAGACAGGGUAAAGGGGUGUGUGUGUGUGUUUAUUUCAAACUGGCAAAUGGAAGGCCCUUCUCUGUUCACUUCGGGGCUUUAAGACAGUCUCUCUCUGUCUCCCCUCUUCCCGCUUUUCCUGGCAGGUGGAUGCAGAAUCUGGAGAGGGUGGCAGUGGCCACGGAGAAAGCCAUCAUCAUGCCCUUCCGGCAGCCCCGCCAGACGCCCCUCGUGCACCCACCUGUGCCGUUCAGGUGAGAGAGACCCCAACUCUGUAUGUUUCCUCUUGCCAGGCUGGGGACCUUGGGGGGAUCAUGACGUGAGUCUGAGACAGGUGAACUUCACAGGUAUGGAACAAAAGCCUGGCAUCUUCUUGAUUAGCAGACACACAUACCCCUUCCAGAGGCUUUAUGAAAAGAAGAAAGAUCUUUCAGUUGUACCUUCACCAAGUAGCACCCCCACACUGCACCCCCACAUCACACACACACACACAACACACACACAACACAAACACAAAUGCAGAUGCCACGGUCCUGUCCUGGUUGCUCUGCAGUCAUUAAGCCUUGAACUAUUCCAUAUCAUUAGAGUUAAUUUCAGCUCCUUUAUAUCCAUUUGUGUGUCGCAAGAGAGGAGGACAGCCACACUACCACUUCCACAUCUGUAUUUACCUGUUUUAACAGCUGGACGGGACACUAUUUUAAAGGGAUGCUGUGGUAUCUGUUAGCCAAGUUUCUUGUAGGCCCAGUAAAUCAAAUGAUUGCCUAUAAGUAAUAAAUGCAGGAUCAACAAAUUUGUUCAUCCACCCUGCCAUGUUCCAUGACAAGAUAUGUAGAGAACGCUCAGAGUGCUUUACUUCUAAUCUAUCGGAUCUGAACAACCUGUGGUGCCCCAAAAAUGCUGCUAGUGUGAAAUUUGGCAGUUUGCAUCUUCUCAUGCUCUUCAGCAUCUGUGUCUUGUGCUGAUUCCAAUGGGCUACCAAGUUCGUGUGGUUCUAGAUAUCUGUUGGCUAGUCAUUCUUUGCCAGAGCAAGGAUAUUUAUUCUGUGUCUAGCAGGGAUAUUUUCAACCUCUGCCUCAACAGUGAUCUUAGUAUCAAUUUUUGUGUUGUCACAAAGGGAUUCCAUUGCAUCUGUUCCUUCAAGAUUGGGCUGGGUACAUGUCCGUAAAUGUCUCAUGGUAGCUUGUCUAAUUUGUCCAUAAUCCUGUGUUGUUCUUCAUCAAGGGGUUUGAGGAAGGAGGAUAUCAAUUCUUCUACUGCUGGUUCCACCCGGUCAAAUGGGUCUGGGUCCAGCUGUUUGUGGAUUGGCAGGGAGUCACUUGAAUCGCUUGAGUAGACUCCUUCAAAUUUUUCUGGUUGUUCUGCUUCUCUUGGGUUAAAGCGUUGCCCUGAUUAGCCUUAUUUGACUCUUCCUCUCCUCCUGAGUUUGUGAUAGAUCUUUGCUGCUGUUCAAAAGGAAGAUGUGAAGACCUUUCUACAGUAUUUUUAAAGUGCCAGUGGGGAAUCACAACUUUCUAGACUAGUUCAAGCCCCUGACCAGUCAAAGUGCCUCUUCCACCUCUGGGGCCAACAUUAGUAUCUCUCUUUGCGAUUGCAAUUAGUUUCUGUUCACAUAGUCCUAUAUUUAUGGGUAGAGAACCUUCUUUAGGUCUUUUGUUAUAAAAACAUUUUAUUCAAACAUUUACAGUGUUUUUUUAUUCAUAAAAGAAAGUUUAUAGGCCUUAAUUAAUAACAUUAUUAUAUGGGGGUGGGUUAUUGGUAUAUUUUUUGUUCUUGCUGUUCUCAUGUAUUUUGUGCUUUUAUGUUGCAUUUUUAUGCCGUCAACGCCCUGUGAUCUGUGGAUUAAGGGCAGUAUAUACCUUUAAUAAAUACAUUUAAUAAUAACAACUUCCACAAGGUGUGUGUCUCUGCUUUGCCCCCUGCUGUUUGAUGGCUGAGGUGUGGACAAGUGUUUUGCAGAGCCCAGCCUGCUACUUACACUGUUUUGCCUAUAGAAGAGGCUGUUUCCUAAGGGGAUUUAAAUUUCAAAGGGCAACUGCCAUUUUUCUGUAGCGCUUUCUUGGCAUAUGGGGCUGUGUUUGUGCUUCUGUAUACUUGUAAGCAUGCACUUAUCCCCAUGCAUUAUAUUCAUGACAAGAGGAUGACACAGCCCUCCACAAAGGGUUAAUGCAUGCCUGUCUUUAAUCCUUCUAUGGCUUGGAUUGCUGUAAACAGCUUCCAUGAAUGAAUGUGUGUGUGUGACUGAAACAAAGCAGUACAGAAAUAAUUUCAUGAAUGAAUGGAGUGGCUCUCUCUUUUUCUCUCCCUUGCAGCCCAGAGGGUGCCUGGAAGACCCUGAGGGCAAGCAGCUCCUCCCGACUCCCUCCCCUUCCCAGGUGUCCCCCCCCCCAACAAGGGAAAGGCCAGCUAACAACACAGCCCCCCCUCAGGGGAGAAGGGGGCAGCUUCCACCAGGAACAUGCCCCCAACAGAAGGAGCAGCACUCAUGCCAUCCCAAUAGAAAGGGCUGCCACCAAACCCUCCUCACACCAAGAGAAGGAGCAGCCUGCUGCCUGGUCCCCCCAACCCAAGAUAGGGGGCAGCCCCCAGCCUCUCUGCAAGAGAAGAGGCCACCCCAUCCCACCCUCCCAAACCCCCCUUGUCCCAAGAGUGGCGCAGCAGGAGCCCAGCAUUGAUUUCUCAAAGACAAGUCAUGCCAGACAAAUCUCAUUUCAUUUGUUGAUGGAGUUACAAGCUUGGUGGAUCAAGGGAAUGCUGUGGACAUAGUGUAUCUUUGUUUCAGUAUAUCUGAGUUCCAUCCUGGCAGGACCUUGAGUAUUGAGGAGUACCGGUAUUCCUUCAUAUUAACUUCAGGCAGGUGAAGUUUUCCCCACCAUUUAUAUCCAUGAGGGGGAAAGCUUCUUCAGUUCUAAAUUUCCACACACCAAAAGCUGGGCCUCUGGAAAAGAGAGCACCCUCACCCCUCACAUAUUCUCAUUGCCACAAAAGAACUGCAAUCUCUCCAGGACAUUGAAUCCAUUUUACAGGUGGCUUUUUAAAGCACAACAUUUUCUAUAAAAUUGUGCUUGGACUCGUCACAUCGCCUUCUCUACAAAAAGCAGCCACAGGAGCCCCAACCCAAAUCAGGGCCGAGGUGCAGCAGGAGAUGGAUUGAACUCUUUCUGCUCUGUCCUGCUCUCCCAACUUAGAUCAUAGCUGCCUUUGGGUAAAUGGAAAUAUGUGGCCAGUUUGUGUUUCUGAAUCAUGUGCUUAAAGUCACAUCUCAUUUGAAACAACAUGUGCAUCCUCAAACAGAUGUUAUCGUGCUGAAGACCCUAAUUAUAACUUUUUAACAGUAACUUUCCUGGCCAUAGCUGACAGCAAGUGGGUGGUUUGCACAGGAGAUCAUGAGCUUGAGCUUCUUACUGGCAGCAAGGGAAUCUCCAGAUUUAAGAUUUGCCCACAUGUCUGAUUUCUAAAACAGAAAUAUGCUAUUGUUACACUAGUCCUUAUUCUCCAAGUGCAUAAAUUUCAGGUGGGCAGUGCUCGCCCGGCUUGUUUUCCUUUUAAUGAGGUCACUGGAGCCUUCUGACAUUUUACAAAAAUUGCAUUGAUUUACAAAUCGGAACAGGAACAUCAGAAGCUGCCUUAAACCCAAGGUUUCGCACCCAGUGCAACAGAACUGGCUGUGCUUCCCUAAAUGUGCCUCUGACAGCAGGCAGCCCCAAACUCUUACCAGCUCCAGCUACGCUUUCUGAUCCUCAGCCUGCACCACUCUCAAACUACAGGCUGCUUGCGUUUUUGCCAAGGACAUGCUGGACACAUUUCUCUGCUGGGAGGAUGGCAAAGCCUUGGUUCCCAAAGAGUUCCCUCCAUCCAGAACAGAAGCGGAGACCCUCAGGCCAGACACAGCCCCCCAGGCCUCCCUCUCUCUGGCCCUCAGAACUCUUCCCAGGCCACAGCCCCUUUCCUCAGAGCCACACCACUCACUGGCCCUCCUUCUCCCCCAGCUGUUUCUCCCUGGUGGUUGGAAAGUGUCCACCAGGGAUGCAUCUCACUUGUCAGAACGAGGCAUAGUCAGACCCUCCAACAUUUCUCCAAUCAAAAUAGGGACAUCCAAAAGAAAAGUGGGACAUUUCAGGAUCAAAUCAGAAACCAGGAUGGCUUCUGUAAAUCAGGGACUGUCCCUGGAAAAUAAGGACACUUGGAGGGUCUGGAUACACAGGGCUUUGUGAGUGUGGGAGAAAACUGGCUUAAUGUACAAAGGUGGAAUUUACAUUCAUUGCCCCACCCAUUUUUCAAUGCUCCACCCAUUUUUGCCUCAGGCACUGCUAUCUAAUGGUGUGUGGUCUCCAAAAGGUGGGCCAGAAUGGAGAAUACAGCUCUUCAGUUGAAAAAAAUUCCCCAUCCCUUAACGAAAUCUCCUUAACAAAAGAAAGGCAUUUGUCCACCCUGCCAGCACCAUUGAGAUAACUGCCCCCAAUUCUUAGGGUUCCACUAAACCUUCUCUUGCCAAGCCACAAUCUCACAAUCAACCACAAAGCUGGAAGGCACUUGGAGGGUUAAUCCUCAGUCCCAUGACUGUACAUUUCACAUUAAUAUUCCCAUCUUAAAAAUAUGAGAACAGUGUGUUAUUUGUCGUGGAUGGCAGGGGUGGGGGAGCCGCAUAUGCUUGGUGUAAAUUUGUAUGCAUGCUCAACCAAUAGUGGUAGAGUUCUGGUGAGGGAUGGAACAAGAUGAACUUAGGGCUUGGAAACUCCUACCAUGGACCUCGAUACACCCUUCCCACCUGCCCUCGAAACACUCCAGUCUUCACAGCCAUCAUUGCCUUUGCUUAGUCCUCCAGCUACUGGAGGAGAUGUGCCGAUCCGCAUGCCAAUUUUCUUCAGGAUUCAAGACACAUGCUGCCUUGUAAAAUUAAGGGGAAUGUGGGAAAUGCAAUCAUGACAUCUCCUAUUAGUCUAAAGAAAGGACAAAUGCACAGGAGAUUUCCAGACCUCAAAGUACUCACAUGAGGUCUCCAGGGCUGUAUAAUCUUCAUCUUCUUUGGCAAGUCUAAUAAAAGACAUCAUAAUUACUAUACUUGGGUCUUUGACAGCUCCCCCCCCCCAUCUCACAUAAUGGAAAGGUUUUUAUAGAGAGAGAAAUAUGUCCAAAGAAGGAGUCUGGUAGGUUGCUGGGGCUGCUUAUAGUGGAGUCGUCUUUAAUGGAGAGGGCUUGCUUUGGCAAGGUCAAGGGAUUCUUUGGACACUGUAGCUGGCAAUGGCAUGAUCUAGCACUGGGCAGGAGGAGGACACAGCAGGAGUUCAACGCACAUAAUCUGCUGGUUAUGUGAUUGGUAGUUUAUACAACAUGCAGUAGCAGCAGGCAGGGCAGAGCAGUGGCCAUGUUGGACACCUGGUUUCCCAAUGCAGAGGUUGCUGUGAGAAACAGAGAGGGGAGGGGCAUGGCAGUGGGCAGGUCAGCACGGUGACGGUGCAGCAGCAGGACCAUUGGAUUGGCUCCGCUGCUGCACCUGCACGGCACAGACCUCCCUGCCGCUUCACUCAUCCCCUUCUCCUUCUCAAUUACUUCUCAGUUGCUCCACAUUGGAAAGCCAAGUAAACAACAAUUCUGACCCACUAUUGAUAACACAGUCAAGAGCUACUAGAGCUGGACUGGUAACCCUUGAGGCCAACAAAAUCAGUGAAUUUUAGCCAUCAUUGUAUAUGGCAGGUGAUGAACCUGGUGUCCUCCUGAUGUUUUGUUGGAGACCAUCUCCCAUGACCCCCAGCCAGCAUAAGCAGUGGUCAGGAAUUAUGGGAGCUGUAGCUCCAUAUCCCUGGUGUAGGAAAACAAAAACACGGGUGAACUAGGGCACUGUCCCCAUCAACCGUCCCUAAGCUGGUGCCUUCCAGAUGUUUUGACUACAACUCCCAUCAGGCCCAGUCAACACAGACAUACUAGCUGGGCUGAUGGAUGUUGUAGUCCAAAACACCUUGAGGUCUCCACAUUGAGGAAAGCAGGUCUAAUCUAAAUUAUAAUGGUAAUCACGGUGUUUAAAAGCUGUUUAACACAUUAAAAGAUUAAAAACCAUGAAUAUUUUUAACUCCUUCUCUUGACUCAACAACAAUGAAAUGAAACUGAAAGGGUCAAAGUACGAGUAGUAGUGGGGAAUGGAUCUAGGGAGAGGGUCAGAUCCUGAACUCUCUCAUCUCUUUGACAAGUGGGUCCUCAAGCUGAAAGUUUCCCCACCUUCCCCCUAGAAGGUGGGGGUUGGCCCUUGUGAUCAGUUGCUGAAGGACUCUAGGCGAUAGACCUGAGUAGUGGCUAAAGUGCCUUGGCUCAGGUAACAGGUCACAGCCAGGUUGUCUGACUUGUGUUUUUCUUCUGUAUAGAUUUAGCAUAUCCUCCUGGGAACCCAAGAGGCAAAUAAGUGUGCUGUGUGCCCUCGCAGUUGGGAGGGUAACAGGACAGACUCUUGCCUCCAGCAAAGCUGGUUAGCUCAUUAAGUGAAUCCAGGCAGUCAAUAAUUCAAUAGGAGAGUUCUAAGCCAGCCAAAGAGCUCUGCAGAGAGAUUUGUCCACCGCAGGAGAGAACAAGAUUGACACCCUGUCGUGCCUAGGCCAUAUUUUGCCAUUUCUGCCUGGAAAAGGAACAGCUGAGAUACAUGGCAGAGGGGACACCAGAGGUAGAAUUUGGGGGUCAGCAAUGGAUGGGAUGGCUACAUGCCUAGUUAUUUUAAAAGCUGGGACCACCCUACCUAGUUGCUAUUAUCUUGCACUCCCAUUUUUUGAACUGUUUGCUUGUGUUAUGUUCAAAGGAAAUGAUGUAAAUGUUUAGAAAAAUUAGCUUUCUAUUUGUUUGCUUUGUUUUGAUCAAAAAGGUGGGUGCAUGGAUAGGCACACUCAGCAGGCUCAGGAGUGCCUCAGUUCCUUCUUCCCAUUUGUUUGACUAGUCUAGGAUUUCCAACCUCAAGAUGUUUUGGACUAUAAGACCCACCUGCUCUGGACUGAUAACAGCUGGAGUCCCAAACAUAUGAAGGGCACCAGAAUGGUGAGGGCGGGACUAGCUUAUUCUCCUGAGUGCUUCAUGCUGAAUAAUGGCCUAUAAAGAGCAGCAAUUUAAUGUGAUGUGUCAGGUGCCUCUAAAACAGUCAUGGGGACCCCAUGGCCCUGCAGAUGUUAUUGGACUCCAACUCCCAUCAUGGCCAAUGGUCAUGGAUGAAGGGAGUUGUAGUCCAGUAAUAUCUGGAAAGCCACAGGUUUGCCACAUCUGCCCUAGAGAGAUGCAGGGACUGGAGAUCACAAAGCUUCAAAGAGGACUACCUCAAAAGGCCAAUUCCUUGCCAAAGGAUCCCUUUGUUUGAAAUGUCAUUUGGGUGACUCAAAAAAUGGUCACUCAUUCUGGCCUGAAGAGCAAGUCCUUGCCAUUUCUGGAUGGUCUUCAUAGGAAAAACUCAUCUAUGGCCCAUCUAGUCAGUAUUCCAAGAGCAGCAGCCGUAAUCAUCUCCCCUCCCCACAAAAAAAGCCCACUGAUAAGAUCCCAAAAGAUCUGCAUGGUGGUUACCUCCGUGCCAACUAAAUUCUCCAGGACCCUCCCCUCAUUUUAUUUCAUGUGUGUGCACGCUGGGUGAAGGAACUGCUCAUUUCUCAAAUGCUCUGCCCAUGUGCGUGUCCAUGAACCGGCAUGCAUGGCUUGCUUGGAAUUUAAUGUUCCUACACAGAACAUUGAACCCAUUAAAAAUGAGCAAUGGGGAGAAGGUGGAGUUCCCUUUCUUCCCUUGGCUGAAGGCCUCAACAGCUGCUCAGGUUUUAGUCUUCUUUAACUCUUUGGGUGGAGGCAUUCAUAAAACCUGGAGGCUGCAUUCCUUGUAGGGAAGCUCAGGCCUGAGCUCAAGAGGCAGCCAUCUAGGCCUCUCUGUCUGGUCCUGGGCACUCUCAUUAGGUCACACCAUCCCAGGUCAGAUCCAUCACUGGCCAUGCUCCAUGCAUUAUCAAUUGGCAUAAAAUAUGAGUCUGUUAAUACCGGGGUGUCUAUACACCCCUUUUCCCCCCGAGGGGGCUAAUGCAGCCCACCAGCAUUUUUUCCUGGCCCCCUCUUUUUAUUUUUUAUUUAUUUAUGAUUUUCAAUUUUAUACAUUUCAAUAAUUUUACAAUCAUUUUAGCAUAUUGAAACUCAACUGCCUUCCUCCUCUUUCUGCGGUUCCUUAAAUUUAUUUUUAAUAUUUUCUGCAUAAUCCAAAUUAACUUAAUUUGCUCAUUUAUUAAUUUACUUUAUAUAUAUAUUCUUAUAAAAACUGCAGGUACUGCAAUAAUCCUGCCAAUCCUGCCAAUGGUCAACAAACCAUUUCCAUUCUUUUUUUUUAAAAAAAAGUUAUCUUGAUUUCUUACUUUUCCAGUACGUUUCACCAUUUCUGCAUAUUCAGUAAGUUUUUGUAUCCAUUCUUCUUUUGCUGGGACUUCUUUUUCUUUCCAUUUUUGGGCUGCUGUAGUUGCAUACAAAAAUAAAUUUCUAUAGGGUUUGAGUAAUUCUGUCUCCCUAAUUCCCAAAAAGAAAGCUGGGUUUUUUUUUACAAAUUAUUUAAAAAAUCUUUUUCAAUUCAUUAUAUAUCAUCUCCCAGUAGGCUUUAACCUUACUACAAAACCACCACAUAGAACAUUCAUGUCCAAAGUCCGGCACAGGGUCCUAAUCCGGUUAAUCUGACCCCUGUGACAUUGGGGGGGGCGGGAAUCCAAAAAGAAGCUCAACAACUUCAACCCUAAAAAAAGGUCAACAAAAAGGUCGGCCCUCAUGCAUGUUCACUUCAUCAAAUCUGGCCCUCUUUGAAAAAAGUUUGGACACCUCUGACAUAGAACCUUCUUUCUCUUUACAUUUCCAACACUUAUUUGAUUUCGAUUUAUGCAUUUUUGCCAAUUUACUCAGUGUUAGAUACCAUCAAUAAUAUAACAUUUUCACAUUAUUUUCUCUUAAACCAUGGCAUGCUGUAAAUUUUAUAUCCAUUUUCCUGGCCCCCUCAAGUCCCCCUCAAUGUUUGCAGUAGUUGAAAAAUAAGUAAAGUAGAGCCCAGUGCCCGGAUGGGGAGUUCAGUCCCUCAUGGCUCCCCAGUCAUCAGACCAAUUAUUUGAUGAGCAGGCAACAGCCUCCUAUAUUUAUGCAUUGAUUCAUUGAUUCAUUCAUUUACUGCUUUUACUGUGUAUCUCACCUGUUUCUCCAAAGAGCUCAAAGUGGUGCGCAUGGUUCUCCUCAUCCUCGUUUAAACUCCACAAGUAAUCUCACAAAUAGGUUAGGCUGAGAGGCAGUGACUGGUCCCAGGCCACGGAGAAAGCUUCUUAGGCCGAGUGCCAAGGCUUCUGAAAUUCUAUUUCUCCCCUGUGGUGGCAAAGAGCAAAGAAAACAAGGAAGAGAACUUUUUAAUGAGUUUAUUCAUUCCUAACUGCGAGAGACAACAGAACUCAGCAAGCCCUAACAAUGGCGUUGCUCCAACUGGGCUCCUCCUCUGUCCUUCCUCGAAACACCAUCUCCCCUCACGGUGGCCACUCAUGGCCAAUUGUCAGUUGUUUACUGCACCCUUAAUGAACACCGAGUUCUGAGAGAAGGGAGAUCAGAAAUAUUCUCCCGUGACCAAGUGUCAGCUGACUGCUCUGCCUCUGUCUCUCCCCCCUCUCCUUUACCAAACACUUCCCAACUUUUCUGUUCAUCUGUCUCUGAGCUGUGACCUUCCUCAAACUCCUGCUGUAAAUCCAUGCUGAAUUCCUCUUCUCCUGCAGCGUCACAAGAACGGGUGGGUGCGUGGUUGUGGGUGUGAUCUCCACCAUUCCUCCUCCAUCUCGUCCCCUUGAGUCCAAUCCCUGACACCAAGCGGGGAUUUGAACCCCUGUCUACCAGGCCCCACUCUGAUGCUUUAUUCACUAUGCCACAAUGGCUCUCAUAGAUUAUCUAGGGAGCGGGUCUGGGUACCUGUGCAUGUGCCUGCUUCCGUGUGUGCAUCCGCCCAUCCAUGAAGAAGUGUGCAUGUGAGAAAGCGUGUGGGGUGGCAUGCAGCCCGUGGAAGGCUGCUCAAAGGUGGGCUUUGCCCUUCAGUCCAAAGAUAAUUAGACACCCUUGUACUAAUGUCUAUUUAUAAAUGCCAAGUGAGGAAUAAUGGCUAUACUUUAAACAGAAAUGCAACCCCUCUCACUUUAGUGGGGAGGAAGACAACAACCAGGUGAUCUGUGUGCCCAGUCAGCCAAAGUUCAGAUGCUAAGUGUUGACAAGCAAAUUCAAGGCCCCUCCUGCUCUCUCUUCAUUCUAGAAUCACAGAAUUGUGGAGUUGGAAGGGAUCUGAGGGUCAUCUAGUCUGUCUCCCUGCAAUGCAGGAAUCUCAACUAGAUCAUACAUGACAGAUAGCCAUCCAACCUCUGCUAAAAACCUCCAAUGGUUUUUAGGCAACAACCUCCCGAAGGAGUCCAUUCCACUGUCAAGCAACUCUUAUUGCCAAAAAGUUCUUCCUGGUGUUUAGCCGGAAUCGCCUUUCUUGUAACUUGAUUGCAUUGGUUUGGGUCCUAGCCUCUGAAGUAGGAGCAACCUAUAUUGCUUCAUCCUCCAUGUGACAGCCCUUGAGAUAGUUGAAGAAUAUCCUUACCAGGCUAAACAUUUUGCCUCUUUAUCUUUAAGCUCGUCUUGAACCAGGGGACUCUUCAGGUAAAAGAGGUGUGGAGAACCUUUGGCCCUCCAGAGGUUGCUGAACUACAACUUGCACCAGCCCCAGCAUGCCUGACCAGUCAGAGAUUAUGGGAGUUGUAGUUCCAAAUCUUUCAAAUAGAGGACCAUCCUCUGGAAUACAGGGCUAACCCUAAUUCCAUGUCAGAAUCGGAGAGAUUACGUUUGUGAACCAGUGUCAGGGUAGAAUGGAAAGAUCAGCCCAUUCAUUCAUUUGGGCCUAAGAUCAGAGCUGGACUUUUAAAAUUAUUAUUUUUGGCCAACAAUCAAAGACCAUUAAACAGGAUAUUAAACACAGGCAAAUAUUACAAGACUCAGCAACAGUUUAUUACUGCAAUAGAGAAUGAAAUAUUUAACAAGUUUAAUAAAGCUUAAUUGGAAGGAAAUUAAAAAAUAAUGGAUAUAAGUUCUUAAGAAAUAGUCUCAGACUCCUCUCCCUGCAGCCCUGUUUCACAGGCAGUCUUGUGAAACCAAAUGAUUGCUGUGCUUUUUCAUUCUGCUAUUCCAACCCACCCAAUUCUUUUACAUUUGGCAUCCCCUGCUAGGGCAUAUGGUCCUAUUUGCCCUUGAGCAAUGACCUUUGCCCAUGCAACUACAUUUGUAGAUGGCAUGUGAAGAUGGCUGCACACAUAGGUAAACAGGAGGUUGUGAGCAACAAGCUUGCUUCUUCCCAAAGACCGGACUUUUUUGCGAUGAGGAAAGUGAUGGUGAAAAUGCACCGGAGACUGCGGGAUCAAACAAACCAGAAUGAAUCCUCAUUUGAUAGCCAACAUCACCUAAUUUCCCUGCAAACAAAUCAGGAUGAAUGUUCAAUAAACAGGGCAGCUGGAAAUGCCCCAGGUGUGCUUGGAUUGCAGCCUUAAAAAGUUUCCAGGUGCUGCGACAUGGGGCAUCUUAAAACCAUUUUCUGAGAAGGGAAGAACAGAUGUAGAGCAGAAUAAUGCAGACAUUUCUUUAGGUAUUUUUCUUGGGGAAGUUGAUGAUAAGAUUUUGAGCAGAUGGCAUGCAACUCUUGCCUGAAUGGAACGCAAAUUUUAAAAGGGUUAAUGGGGCUUGGUGAAAACUAUGGAGGGGGAAGCUUUUUUAAAAAAAAAACCAUAUGUGGUUGUCUGAUCAAUAUUGUUACACUCACACCAUUUCUGUGAGCACUGAAAAGAUCUAGGGAUACUGGAAGUUUCUGGAGGCUUACUGACAAUUUGUAAGAUUUAUGUUUAUUUGCAAGUGCACAGGCUGAGCAUAGGUAGAGGCAAAGGGCUUAAAACAGGCAGCGAAAGCCCAUUGCUCCCAUAUCAGAUCCGCAGGGAGUCAGUCAGCAUCCUAGGAGACUCAUGAUUUGUGCGCAUGAUGGUAUAAUGGCAGUUGCACACCAUCCCUUUUGAUACUGUUUGCACCUACAAAAGUUUUAGGGUGGACAUAUUGCUUCAUUUCAAGUCAUGCAUGUCCCAUAACCUUCUGCUGAAAUCCUAUAAAUUCCUUUACCAGAAAUGUUCAGGGCAGGUUGUUUGUUUUUGUUUUUGUUUUGAGUUCCUUCUUUUGUGGUGCUACAGUGCAAGAGUGACCCUCCAGAUAGCAAUAAUGCAGUAACUUUGGGGAAGCAUUAGAGGUACAUGUGGAAUGAUGUGUGGCCAGUCCAGUAUAAAUUCAGCACUAUUGCACUAUCAUUGCAUCAAUGACUCAUUGAAGGAUGCACUUCCAAAAAAUUGACCGGUGCAACCUGAAUUUACCAGCCUGGUCUCACAGUGGCCAGCAAGAGCUCUAUGGGAAGCUCCCAUGUCUGGCCAGACCCAUUGGGCCCUAGUUUAAAUAUAGGACUGCCUAAGGGAGUCUAUAUUUUAUGCGCAAAAUGCAUCUCUGCUAAUUUUUGCUAAAUACUGGACAGCAAAGGUUGAAGUCGGGGACUGAAAGUACUUAGGAAAAGUGUCUUUUCCUUAGCUGGAGCAGUUUUUUGCUCCUCCUUUUCUUCUAAUUUCUCUCCUCGUUGCUUUGGUCUUCCUGUCUCCUCUCCUUGCAAGUUUGCUGUCUUGACCUCCCUCUUCCCAGGCAGCCUCCUUUAUUGCUAGCAUCCCUUAUCUCCCUCCCCGAUCGCUUGCAGAUUAGCAGCUUUGUUUCAACACCCACUUCCCUCUUUUUUUAAAAAAAAAGAAGAAGUAUGAUCUGCUUUUUGCCCCUGUGCAGUUUGGCUCCAGGGACCACGCAUUCAGUCCAUAAGACGCACAGACAUUUCCUCUUACUUUUAAGGAAGAAAAAAGUGCGUCUUAUGGAGCGAAAAAUACGGUAUGUUAAGAUACCAGAAGCAUUCCUCCUAGGGAUUUUAAAUCAAGAAAUAUGAAAAGACAACUGGAAAUUAUUUAUGUAUGCAACAACAGAAGCAACAAUUCUACUAGCACAAGCUUGGAAGACAGAAGAAAUCUCAACGAAAGAACAAUGGAAAGAGAAACUUAUGGAAUAUGCAGAAUCAGCAAAAUUAACAGAUAAAUUACAUGAAAGGGACAACAAAGACUUCAAAAGAGAAUAGGAACCACUUACAAUAUAUAUGAAGAGACAACAUGAAGAGUUGGGCUCAUUGGCAGGGCUUGAGUAAACAUUCACAAAUGUAUACAAUAAAAAAUAGCUGUAAAUGUAUUAGGAACUAACUGGGGAAAUAAUAUGCAGGAUGAGUAAAUUGAAAGUAAAACAAAGUGAAAGUAUGAGGGAAGUCCAGGGGAGGGGGGCAGGAAAAAAUGGAAAAUUGUUAGAGAGAUAUGUCAUAAAGGAUAUAUUUAUUGAAAAACCAAUAAAUAUUAUUAUUAUUGUUAUUAUUAUUUUAAAAAUAGAGAAUAUUUCUGAUCCCCCUUCUCCCAGAACUCGGUGUUCGUUAAGAGUGCAGUAAACACUAAAGUGAGAGGGAUUGCAUAUUCCUCACUUGGCAUUUAUAAAUAGACAUUAGUACAAGGGUGGCUCAUUAUCUUUGGACUCAAGGGCAAAGCCCACCUUUGAGCAGCCUUCCACAGGCUGCAUGCUACCCCACACGCUUUCUCACAUGCACACUCCUUCAUGGAUGGGCGGAUGCACACACGGAAGCAGGCACAUGCACAGGUACCCAGACCCGUUUCCUAAAUAAUCUAUGAGAGCCAUUGUGGCAUAGUGGAUAAAGCAUCAGAGUGGGGCCUGGUAGACAGGGGUUCAAAUCCCCGCUUGGUGUCAGGGAUUGGACUCAAGGGGACGAGAUGGAGGAGGAAUGGUGGAGAUCACACCCACAACCACGCACCCACCCGUUCUCGUGACGCUGCAGGAGAAGAGGAAUUCAGCAUGGAUUUACAGCAGGAGUUUGAGGAAGGUCACAGCUCAGAGACAGACGAACAGAAAAGUUGGGAAGUGUUAGAAGAAGGAGGGGGGAGACAGAGGCAGAGCAGUCAGCUGACACUUGGUCACAGGAGAAUAUUUCUGAUCCCCCUUCUCCCAGAACUCGGUGUUCAUUAAGGGUGCAGUAAACAACUGACAAUUGGCCAUGAGUGGCCACCGUGAGGGGAGAUGGUGUUUCUAGGAAGGACAGAGGAGGAGCCCAGUUGGAGCAACGCCAUUGUUAGGGCUUGCUGAGUUCUGUUGUCUCUCGCAGUUAGGAAUGAAUAAACUCAUUAAAAAGUUCUUUCCUUUGUUUUCUCUGCUCUUUGCCACCACGGGGAAGAAAUAGAAUUCCAGAAGCCUUGGCACUUGGCCUAAGAAGCUAUCUCCGUGGCCUGGGACCAGUCAGUGCCUCUCAGCCUAACCUAUUUGUGAGAUUACUUGUGGAGUUUAAACGAGGAUGAGGAGAACCAUGCGCACCACUUUGAGCUCCUUUGAGAAACAGGUGAGAUACACAGUAAAUGCAGUAAAUGAAUGAAUCAAUGAAUCAUUGCAUAAAUAUAGGAGGCUGUUGCCUGCUCAUCAAAUAAUUGGUCUGAUGACUGGGGAGCCAUGAGGGACUGAACUCCCCAUCCGGGCACUGGGCUCUACUUUACUUAUUUUUCAACUACUGCAAACAUUGAGGGGGACUUGAGGGGGCCAGGAAAAUGGAUAUAAAAUUUACAGCAUGCCAUGGUUUAAGAGAAAAUAAUGUGAAAAUGUUAUAUUAUUGAUGGUAUCUAACACUGAAUAAAUUGGCAAAAAUGUACAAAUCAAAAUCGAAACACACACAUACACAGAUCCGUCCUCCUGACACUGCAGGAAAAGAGGAAUGUGGCAUGGAUUUACAGCAGGAGUUUGAGGAAGGUCACAGCUCAGAGACAGACGGACAGAAAAGUUGGGAAAUGUUAGGAGAAGGAGGGGGGAGACAGAGGCAGAGCAGUCAGCUGACACUUGGUCACAGGAGAAUAUUUCUAAUCCCCUUAUACAUUUUAGCCACUUUCUCUGGUGUAAUGUACCAUCUAUACAUCAUCUUCAUAUAAUUUUCUUUCAAUAAAAUACAGUCUGUGAAUUUUAAAUUCACCUUCCACAUCCUUUCCCAAUCUUCAAAUUGUAUAUUAUGACCUAAAUCUUGAGCCUGCUUUAUUUGGGCUGACUUUACCAUCUCAUCCAAUGUUUCCCCAUAUAGCAGCAGAAUAUAUGAUUUUUAAGUAAUUUUUCUUGAUCUCAUUCCAAACUUUCUCAUGGUUGUCUUUGUACAAAUUCAAUUUUUUAUUGGUAAGCCAGAUUCCUAGGUAUUUGACUUUUUAAUGAAUUUCUAUCUUUGUGAUCUCCUGGAACUCCUUUUUCUCCACUUCGGUCACAUUUUUGUCUUUUCUUUAUUUAAUUUAAACCCUGCCACUCGCCCAAACUCUUGUAUUUUUCCUAAGACUUUAGGGAGACAUGUUUUUGGCUCUUCUACUGUAAUUACCAAAUCAUCUGCAAAUGCUUUCAAUUUCAAUUCAUUUCCCCCCUGCUCUUAUUUCCAUAAUCUGUUUAUCUUCUCUUACAUAUUUCUAUUCAAAACCUCCAGGACCAAGAUGAAUAAUAAAGGUGAUAGCGGACAUCCUUGCCGCCUUCCUUUUUCUAUUUUGAAUUGGUUCGUUAUCACCUUAUUAAUAAUCAAUUUUGCAUUCUGCUCUGUGUAUACAGCUUGUAUCCCUUUUGUGAAUCUCUCUCCAAAUUCCAUUUCUUCCAUCACUUUCUUCAUAAAAUCCCAAGAUAUAUUAUCAAAUGCUUUUUCCGCGUCUAUAAACAUCAUUGCUGCUUUUUUCUCAUUUCUUACUACUAAAUAUUCUAUUAUAUUUAAAAUAUUUCUUAUAUUAUCUUUCAACUGUCUACCAGGAAGGAAUCCUGCUUGGUCUGAAUGUAUAUAAGCUUUUAAGACCUUUUUCAAUCUAUUGGCUAAAAUAUUAGCAAAUAUCUUGUAAUCAUUGUUUAAUAAUGAAAUAGGUCUAUAAUUUUUGACCAAGGUCAGGUCUGUAUCCUGUUUUGGAAUCAAAGUAAUGUAUGCUUCCUUCCAUGUUUCUGAAAUUUUCCCUUUUGUUAAUAUUUCAUUCAUAAGUCACUCUUAUUUCUUUUGCUUUUUUCUACAAUUUUCCCAUUGGAAUUAAUUUUUCCUAUAUGGUACAUCAGUUGACUUCUCCUUAGUUGCCAUGCUAACAACUUUCCUGGCUUAUUUGCAUGUUCAAAAAAAUUCUUUUUUUUUUUUUACCUUCCAUGCUAUUUCCUCAUUAAUUAUCAUUGAAUAUUGAGAUUGUAAUAAUUUUAUGGCCUGUUUUAUUUAUUGUUUGGAUUUCUUCCUAAAUCUUUUUCUUUCUUUGAUAUGGCAUCCAAAAUUUCUUUUUUCUUUGUUUCCCUAUAUCUUUUUUUUUUUUUUUGCAGUAUUUUGUUGUAUAAAAAGACCUCUCAUGACUGCUUUGCUUGCCUCCCAUACCAUUUGGAUUUUAGUUUCUUUAUUUAAAUUUAAUUUGAAAUAUUCUUCUAAUUUAUUUGUUUUUGCAUUGUCUACUAUAUUUGAUCAUCCAAUAAAUCAUCAUUAAGUCUCCAUCUAAAAGCUGACUGUUCUUCCUUUCGCAUUUCCAUAAACAUUGGGUUAUGGUCCGAUAAAAACCUCGGAUUUAUCUCAAUUUUCCUCACUUUUAUUUCCAACUCUUUAGUGAGCCAAAUGGCAUCUAUUCUCACAUUGCUCUCAUAGACAUGAGAAUAAUACGUGAACUGCUCAUCCAUUAAAUGCCUUACUCUCCAGAUGUCUACCAGAUUCAAAGUUUGGGCCAUAUCAAAGAAAGUUUUUGGAAGUUUCCCUCCCUUUGUCUCUUUCUUCUAAUGGUCCUAUCCAUUUCCAAUGAGGGCACUCCAGUCAGGUCUCCCAUUAUUAUGAUUUUUGGUAUUCUGGCUGGUAUUCUGGUGUUUGUUUGUUUUUUAAUAAAACCUCCUAUGUACUAAUAAUGGUAAUCUCAUUCUCUGGUUUUCAUUCAUUUUGUAGUGAAAAUGGCCCCUUCAGGGUGGUAUCGUCAGGCUCAAAAUAUCAUGUAAAACAUAUUGUUUUUCUUAGGUUGCAGUUUUGUACAUUUUGUUUCUUAGGAAAUGCUAAUAAAACACGAUUUUAAAAAUGCAGAGGGUGGGGACACACACACAAAUAUACAUAUAUAUAUAUGCAGCUCUUGCUUGUUACGGCCUAUGAAAUAUCAUGACAAUAUCAAAGUUGUAAGGAACAUAUUAGGUUUCAGUUUUAAAUUGCAUAUCAGCAGAAACACACAUGGGUAACACACACUUUGAUUACCUGAUUUUGAUGCGAUGAGCUUUAUAUUUCUCUCUUCUAAUAUUGAUGACAUACAUGCAUUAAAAUACAAGUUCAAUAUAUACUACAUUUUCUUCUCGUUUCUUUUUUGAAGAAUGGGUCUAGCAAUAAAGUCUUGUAAACCAAUAAAAUCAAGCCCUUUCUAUGUCCACUCAGAAGAAAGUCCUAGUGUGUUCAUUCCAGGUAACUGUGUAGAUGAUUGCAGCUUCAGACCAAACUAUAGGAGCCUUGAAAGGAACUCAAACCUCAUCAAGUCUCUUUUUCUUUCAUUACAGAUAUGUGAGGAUGCUACAAAGAGCCUAAUUUGCAGGUAUUAUAAUUUGCACCAGGCAAUCCUUUUGUUCAUAAUUUCCCCCAGCUGGCAAACACUCUAGAGACCAUGGAUCCUUGGAAGCUUAGAUGGUCACACCUCCUGAGCAUCGGGAUUCAGUGCGGGUAAAGGAGGUAGUGGAGAUUUCCUAGGCACUGAAAGCUUUUCUUGCAAAACCAAAAGCCGUUCCACUAUGCCAUCUUGUUCCUAUUUGGGCAGUGGGGGAAAAAGCCACUCAUUGAUCUUCUACUGCAGAGCUUUCCAAACUGUGUGUUGUGACUUGUUAGUGAAUGGGUAGGCAAACUAAGGCCCGGGGGCCGGAUCUGGCCCAAUCACCUUCUAAAUCCGGCCCGCCUGGUGUUUUUACAUGAGUAGAAUGUGUCAUUUUAUUUAAAAUGCAUCUCUGGGUUAUUUGUGUGGCCUGCCUGGUGUUUUUACAUGAGUAGAAUCUGUGCUUUUAUUUAAAAUGCAUUUGUGAUGGCCUGGGAAUCUGAUUCAGAAGCUGAACCUGAGGAGUCCCAGCCUGCGCAGGAGUCCCCGCCGGAUCCUCAGGAGCAGACACCAGAUGUAUCCACUCUGGCUCCGGAGGUGAUUGAGGACCCAUUGCCUGCAGGUGCGCCUCUCCCAGCCCUGUCAGGGGAAGGUGAAGCUGCCCCUGGGUCCAGUAACCCUCCAGCCUCUCCUGAGCUGCAGAGGCUCAGGGCAGAGAGGCGGAGGGAACUGGGUUCUCUCAGGAGGAGUGCUCGCCUUAAGGCCAGGAGAGGCGGGUCACCUGUGGGCUGGGACCGCCCCUGGCCUCGGAGGAGAUAAAGGCCAGUCAGCCCAGUCCCUGGUUGCAGGAGCAACGUCGUCGGAAACCUGUUUCUGCCAGCACCCAGACCUGUUCUUCCGGAGUUCCCAACCACGCCCGGCUUCUUGCUUCGGACCCCGCUUCGCCCUUUGUGGACAGUCUCCAGACCCUUGACCCAAGACCGGACUCUGACCACGCCUCACGGUAACCUCCCCCCGGGACCAGCGCAGCAUUUCUGGGUUAUUUAUGGGGCAUAGAAAUUUGUCCAUUCCCCCCCCAAAAAAAUAUAGUCCGGCCCCCCACUAGGUCUGAGGGACAGUGGACCGGCUCGCUGCUGAAAAAGUUUGCUGACCCCUGUAGUGUGUCAGCUGCAAUGUGUAGGUGUGUCUUGUGAAUGGUCCCUGUGAUCCUCCCAGGGCUGGAAAGGAGUUAGUUUAACCUCCAGUUUGCUAGUAAAACUGAAUUACUGUGCCGCGAAAUGAUGUAUGUCUAAAAACAUGUGUCACCAACAUGAAAAGUUUGCAUAGCUCUGUUCUAAGGGGUUAAACUGACCAUUACCAGGAAAAACAGGCAAAGGGGUAUGGAGCCAUAGUUAUGCAGCAACAUGGGCAUGGGCAGAUCCAAAAGCAGGCAACAGCUCCUCUGCCAGGUAACCCUGAAACAAUCCACAUGGUGGCUUCAUGACUUUGCAGGGUAGUGGAUGUCAGCCUUAGCAAGAUGGGGAGGGAUUGGAGAGAUAGAGGCCACUUGCAGGCUGUUGCUGUUUUCCAGUGGGAUAAUAAUAAUAAUAAUAAUAAUAAUAAUAAAUAAUUAUUAUUUAUUUCUACCCCACCGAUCUGGCUGGGUUUCCCCAGCCACUCUGGGUGGCUUCCAACAAAAGAUUAAAAAUACAUGAAAACAUCAGUCAUUAAAAACUUUCCUAAACAGGGCUAAAAAUCACAUCUCAGCAAAUUCAAGUUGUGCAAAGACAGUUGAUUGAGAGGCCCUGUGCAAUAAAUCCACUUCCCCAAAAUACUGGACUUUUUGGAGACUUCCGGGUUGGCGCCUCUGGCAAUGGCGGAUUUCCUCCGAUCAGGAGGAACCCGCUCCGCGAAAAACAGGGUCUGAACCGCCACGGCGAGGCGGAGACCCAUUAAAAACCACAGGCGGGAGAAAGCCUGUGGACGUGGGAUUCGGCUGGAACCUUUUGCGCCUCCCCUACUCACAGGGAAACCCUGUUUUGGGGAUCCGGAGCGACGUGGGGUGAGUGGCGCGGUGCUUUGAAUCGACUGCUUUUUUCACGGAGUGAAGCCGCAUUGCUGUUGCCGGAGAGCGCUGACUUUUUCCUGUGGACAAUUGGAUUUCAAACAACUACUUGUGAGUAAAUCGGAAAAUUGGAUUUUUAAAUAUUUUAAUUCGGCACUGAAGCGGGAGGUCACAAACAGGAAGUCCGCCUUCCGUUUUUGUAAAUAGACUGAAGCAAAGACGUUACAAGUAAAGCCUUUGAAAGCUUUUGGCAAAGGAUUAAAUUUCCACCGGCUUAAAGUUACAAAACCCCCUUGGGAAGCAGGAGAAUAGGGGGAAAUUUUGGAUCUAGUGAGCCUGCAGGAGAGAGUGAAGAAAUCAGAUUACCACUGCUCUGAACCUGGGAACGGGCUGCCAGAUGAGGAUUGAAGAGAGUGCUUUUGACAGAACGGAUUUGACAGUUAGCUAAACAAGAGUAAGAUACUGUUUCCAUUGUCCCUUUCUGCGUUUAAAAAAAGAGGAAAAGUAACUGAAAUUUUAUCUUUAAUGUUUGAAAUUGUGCUUAAAAGAACUGAUACAAGUGGAGACUGUUUCCCUCUAGAGGGAGCUUUUGAAACUGUAACAGGACUGUAACUGGGGAAUUUCCACCUGCAGAAAAGGAGUUUGGGAACCAGAGAGUGACCUUGGGCUAUUUAAAAAUGUUGAUAGGAGAGGACAUUGUGACUGUUUUAUGUAAGAUAAGCUGUUCGUUGGGACAGCUUCACAAGAAGAUGGAUGAUAUGACUUUUAAAGUUGAUAAUUUGGAACAGAAAGUGACCAACUUGAGUCAAAAAGCGAACACUAACACAGAAAUAAUUCAGGACUUGGUACAGGAACCUAUUUUGGCAGGACAAAUGGUGGAGGAGAAGGAGGUGAAGGAGAAGGAGAAUGCAGCUGUUGUUCAACAUAACAUAAUACAAGUGAGAUCUGUGGAUUUACAGAAGCAAAUUGGAGAUUAUAAGUUGAAGCCUUCUAUGAUUGAAUUCAGGAAAAGUCAGACUCCGAGGAAUGGAUCCCGGUUUGGAUUAAAGAAGGAAAGUUGGAAAGAGCCCUCUAUGCAGGGACUAACUGACUUUUGGGACAUGGACUCGGGCCUUGAGGAGAUUGAAGUUUGGGGGGGCCUUUCGAAUUGGAGGAACUUUGAAAUAUACCCGGAAAUACUUUAUGGACUGUAGUUUUAACUAUGGAAACUCAGCUGAUUUGUCCAGAAGGAAGAAAAGGAUUGACAGGUUGGAAUUUCCCCGAGAUUGGCUCUUUAGCAUUAAAGAAAAUGAAGAAGACAUGCAGAAGGGACUUGGAAAAGAGUUAAGAGCCUCGGAUAUAAGGUCACCAGGUUGAUGGUCUUUUUGGAAUUGAUGGAAAGGACUGGCAGAAUCCGAAACCUGGGAGAAGAGAUGGUGGAAGAAGAUUGGAAAAUUUAAAGAUUGCAGGAUUUAAAUUGAAGAUUGCAGGAUUUAAAUUGAACAAGUUAAAAACUAAGGUUUUUUUUUUUUUUUGGUAAAAUCUAAGGUUUUAGAGAAAAAUCUAACACCGACUGAGAGAGAGAGGUUUCAGAAUGAGACAGGUUUAACAGUGGUUAAGAAAGUUAAAUACCUGGGGAUUAACAUGACAGCAAAAAAUGGGAACUUAUUUAAAGAUAACUAUGAAAAAUGUUGGGCGGAAGUGAAAAAAGAUUUAGAAAUUUGGUCAAAUUUGAAGCUUUCACUGCUGGGCCGUAUUGCUGCGAUAAAAAUGAAUGUAUUGCCUAGAAUGUUGUUCUUGUUUCAAACUCUGCAAAUUGUGGACAAAAUGGACUGUUUCAAGAGGUGGCAGAAAGAUAUUUCUAGAUUCGUCUGGCAGGGCAAGAAGCCCAGAAUAAAAUUUAAAAUACUAACAGAUGCAAAGGAAAGAGGUGGAUUUGCCCUGCCAGACCUUAAACUUUACUAUGAAUCAGCAGCUUUUUGCUGGUUGAAAGAUUGGCUGCUUCUUGAAAACACUGACAUUUUGGAUUUAGAAGGUUUUAACAAUGUAUUUGGAUGGCAUGCAUAUCUAUGGUAUGAUAAGGUCAAAGCACAUAAAGCAUUUAAAAACCAUAUUGUCAGGAAAGCGCUGUUUAAUGUUUGGAUAAGAUAUAAGGACCUAUUAGAAAACAAAACUCCAAGGUGGCUGUCACCAAUGGAAGCGAAAGCCUUGAAAAGCUCAAUAUGGAGGUCAAAUGGCCGAAAUAUUGGGAAAUUUUGGAACAAGAUGGAGAUAGACUGAAAUUGCAGAGUUUUGAAAAACUAAGAAACAAAGUGCGAGACUGGCUUCAUUACUUUCAGAUAAUGGAGGCAUUUAAAUUGGACAAGAAAAUUGGCUUCCAGGUGGAAAAAUCAAAAUUAGAAACUGAACUGUUAGAACCCAAAACUAAGAAUUUGUCAAGAAUGUAUAACUUGCUGCUGAAAUGGAACACUCAGGAUGAAACGGUAAAAUCGGCUAUGAUUAAAUGGGCACAAGACGUUGGACACAACAUUAUGUUUGCUGACUGGGAGCAGUUAUGGACCACAGGUAUGAAAUUUACGGCAUGUAAUGCCCUAAGAGAGAAUAUUAUGAAAAUGAUAUACAGGUGGUACAUAACCCCAGUCAAGCUUGCAAAAUCUAUCAUUUGCCCGAUAAUAAAUGUUGGAAGUGUAAAGAAACUGAAGGUACAUUUUUUCACCUUUGGUGGACAUACCCAAAGAUUAAGGCUUUCUGGGAAAUGAUAUAUAAUGAAUUAAAAAAGGUAUUCAAAUAUACCUUCCCCAAGAAACCAGAGGCCUUUCUCCUGGGCAUAGUCGGCCAAAUGGUGAUUAAAAAGGAUAGAACUUUCUUUAUGUAUGCAACAACAGCAGCAAGAAUACUCAUUGCAAAGUAUUGGAAGACACAAGAGCUUCCCACACUGGAGGAAUGGCAGAUGAAACUGAUGGACUAUAUGGAACUGGCGGAAAUGACUGGUAGAAUCCGUGACCAGGGAGAAGAGUCGGUGGAGGAAGAUUGGAAGAAAUUCAAAGACUAUCUGCAGAAACAUUGCAAAAGUAAAGAAUGUUAGAGUGAUGUUGGAUUAAAAAUAAGUGGUUUCCAGCUGUUUAGGAUUUAAAAUUAUAGAUAGAUCAAGAUUAAGGAUUAGGAUUAAAAAAGUUUAAGGAAAUGGAAAUUUGGUUUUUAAAAGGUAAAAUUUUAAUGUUAUAUUAUAUUAAGAGUUAAGAUUGGGAUUAAAAAAGAGGGAAAGAAAUUGCUGGACAAACAAUUUGAACUGGAAUACAAAAGAGGGAGGUAUGAGGAGGUCCAGAAAAUAAGUAAAUUUAAAAAUGGAGACGAAAAGGUGAUAUUGUUUUUAAUUGUUUUACUUUCUUUUUUGUCUUUUGUUUUCUUAUUUCUCUAUUUUUUUUCUUUUAGAUUAUGUAUUGUAUAUUUUGAAUUGUGUAUUUCUUUUUUAUGUUUUAUGUUUAAUCUUUUAUUGAAACUUUAAUAAAUAUCAUUUUAAAAAAAAUAAACUUUUUAUAUAGACUUAUGGUAAAACUAAUGAGUGAUAGAAAAAUGGUGGAAUGAUUUUUUAUUUUUUUAUUUUUAUUUCUUAUGGGCUUAAUAGAAAUGUUAUAAGGAGUUAAGUACAUAUAAGUAAUUUAGUUUUAAUGGAAAAUAAGGUUAAAAUAAUACGUUAUUUACAAUAUCACAGAAAAUGGAGAAAGAUGGAAAGGAUUUGCUGAAACAAUUAAUAGAAGCGGAAUACAAAAAGGGAGGUGUGAGGGGGUCGAGGAAACAAGGGAAUGAAAGAUAGAGUAUGGAAAAGAGAGGAUGUAUGUUUUUUUUAAAUUGUUUUUGUUUUGGGGAGUGGGGUUUGUUUAGUUUAGCUUAAUGUGUUUAGUUUUGAGUUUAGGUUGUGUUUUGUAUUGUUUAUAUAUUGUACUGUAUGGUGUAUGGUGUAUUUGUUUUUUUUCUUCUAUUUGUUUUUUUCCUCUGUUUUUUCUCUUUUGUUUUUUUCCCCUCUCUUUUUGUAAUCUAUAAAAGUAAUAAAUAUUAUUUUUAAAAAAAUACUGGACUUUUUGCAACAAGGAAAGUGAAGGGGAAGUGUGGGAUGACACUUGCUUGAUGCAACAUCAUCUAACCUCCCCAGAAACAAAUCAGGAUGAAUGUUCAAUAAGCACCCAUCUCCUUGCCAAACCUCUUUCCCAUGCCUGGAAGGGAAAGCAUAAUUCAAAUCUUCAAUCUGCUGCACUCCACAGUCAUGCACCUGAUUGAAACUGACCUUAGCCCAGCCUUUCUCAACCUGUGGGUCCCAAGAUGUUGUUGGACUACAACUCCCAUCAUCCCUGAGCUCUGGCCUUGCUAGCUAGGGGUGAUGGGAGUUGUAGUUCAACAACAUCUGGGACCCACAGGUGAGAAAGGCUGCUUUAGCCCAUGAAAACUUAUACCAUAAUGACUCUGUUGGUCUUUUAACUUGCCACAAGACUCCUUGUGUAUUCAUUGCUUUGUUCUGUGACUGCUAGUACACAUUAAGAACACAUCUACAGCAUCUGGCUGGAAAAAACUAGCAUGAUUUGAGAACAUAGGAAGCUGCCUUCAAGCAAGUUAGACCAUUGAUCCCUGUAGUCCAGAACCGUCUUCACUAACAGAAGCUCUUUGGGGUUCCAGGCAGGGUUCCCUCCCAGCCCUACCCAGAGGUGAUAGUAAUAAUAAUAAUAAUAACUUUUAUUUAUACCCCACCCUCCCCGGCCAGAGCCGGGCUCAGGGCAGCUAACACCAGUAAAAUUACAGUAAAAACAUAAUGGCGGGGACAAUUUAAAAUACAGGUUAAAAUGCAAUUUAAAAUGCAGCCUCAUUUUAAUAGUAGCCCAUAAAUCAAAACCAUAAGGGGAGGGAAAACAUAAGGGUCAGACUGAGUCCAAACCAAAGGCCAGGCGGAACAGCUCUGUCUUGCAGGCCCUGUGGAAAGAUGUCAAGUCCCACAGGGCCCUAGUCUCUUGGGACAGAGCGUUCCACCAAGCUGGGGCCAGUACUGAAAAGGCCCUGGCCCUCGUUGAGACCAAUCUAACCACCUUGCGGCUUGGGACCUCCAAAAUGUUGUCAUUUGUGGACCUUAAGGUCCUCCGCGGGGGAUACCAGGAGAGGCGGUCCCGUAGGUACGUGGGUCCUAGGCCGCAGGGAUGCCAGGGAUUGAACCUGUGACCUUCUGAAUGUGAAGCAGGUACUCCACCACUGAGCUACAGCCCCGCCCCCCCGCGCAAGACAACAGCAAUCUGUAGCCUUUGGAAGUUUGUUUGUUUUUUGCUGGAGAUUCCUUGUCCCCUCACAGAACUGCAGCUCCCUGGCUGGCUCAGAGCUGGCUGACAUGUGCUGUGUAACCAUUCCCAAAAGCACUUCUGAGCCUCUUUCAUGCUAUUUGUACACAGUGUGAAUGCUGGUCAGGUGGGAUCAAAAGCAGAAAAGAGCCAGUUUUUAAAAAUCAAAUGCACAUUUUCUUGCCACUGUAAGUUUUUUCCUCCCCCAUUUGGAUUGCAGCUCUCCAGAUUCCCUCCUGAGAGCAAAAGCAGCAGCAGCAGCAGCUUGUUCCAACGGCCAACUCUGGUAUGGGGCUUCUGUCAGCGGCUGCAGCCCAGAAAGUAUUGUCAAACGCCCAGGCUCAGCUGGAGGAGCUGAGCAGAGCUGCAUCUUUGAAGAGCCCCAGCUGCAAGCAACCCAGAGCCAGAGCCAAGAAGGGACUGGCGGAAGCGAGUGA